CACUGUUUAGUUGAAAAGGGGAAUGUGGGUUAUGAUGUCAGACAGUUUUGUCUUUAUUAAGAGCUCAGGCAGAAGGAAUCCAGUUCCCCUCAAACUCAGCCAAAGGACACAAGCUCCCUUCCUGGAGUCCUGCUCUGCUACAUCACAUUAGCACCAGGAUUACUACACGGGAUUCAGACAGCACUAACACCCAACAAGCAGGACAAGCAAGACAGACCGGGGCAAAGGUCCUAUUAUUUAUUUUAAAAUAAGGCCAAUAUUGGAAUUGCAGCAGAGAAGCGUACAAAAGGUCAGAAUGUUACGGACGCUCCUACCGCAUUGCGGUUUGGCUGUCUUCAUCUUAAGUUGCUCGUUGCCAGCUCAUGGAAGACCGGCACAGGGAAUCAACGGCAGAGUAAGGAGGGCAGUAUCUGAACACCAAUUGCUCCAUGAUAAAGGCCGUUCACUACAGGAGCUCCGGCGUAGGAUCUUCUUGCAAAGCUUAAUAGAUGGAGUCAAUACAGCAGAAAUCCGUGCUGCGCCUGAUGAGUCCCCUCGCCCCAUUCCAAGUGCUAAGAACUUCAACACUGUGCGUCUGGUGGGUGAGGAGGAAGGAAUGGCAGGUCAGCUGACACAGGAGACACACAAAUCAGUGAGCUUUAAAGAACCCCUGCCUAAAAUUCCUGGCAAGAAGAAGAAAGGGAAGCCAGGCAAACGAAAAGAGCAAGAUAAGAGGAAGAGGCGAGAGCGUUCUGCACUGGAAAGUCUUCAAGAUUCCUCUGAGUCUGACCUCUGGUGGGAAGAGCUAAACAUCAGGACACAGUGAGAAACCAACUGGAGCUUUCUUUUUUAUUAAAAGUGUUUUUUUAAAAAGGAAAAAAAAAAGAAGAAAGAGGCUGGGGUGCGCCAGAGAAUAUUCUGAACCCGCACAUAUGAGCUGUAUUUAUUAUAUGUAAAUAUUUGAUGACCAGAAUCCCUCCCAUGUGCGCUGUUUCCUCCCGCCGACUGUAAUACUGCACAGCCGCCUGCUGCGGCCCCUCCCUUAUUUAUUGGUUAAAUUCUGUAUUUAUUGUGUUUGAUCCUUGUGCUGCUGGCGUCCUGUUUCAUAUUGCACUUUAUGUCCAGAACUCGCCAAGAUCUACAUUUUUUUGUUUCUAUUUUUAUUUUUUGAUAUUGAAUAAAACAUAUUUUUCUCUUUUUGUGCAUGUAUAAAAAUGUGGCGACUGGUAGAAUUUGUACAGAUUGUGUAAUAAAUCCAGUAUCCAAAAAAACAA